AACUCGACGUGAAUAGACUAGCGCGUGGAAAGUCAUCUAACUUUUUACCCGCGUUUUUCAAAUAAGAAUGCCUUCUUGGUGGGACUAUUUACAUUUCAACCGUCAAUAUAAUAAUAAAAGAAACCUCGAAGAGGGGCUGUUUCAAAUAGCAUCUCAAACGUGUAAUAUUUUGGUGAAAGUAAACAAUACGAACAAUAUAAAUUUGACUAGGAAUGACAGAAGCGACGAGUACGGUUGUGCUGGUCCACCUAAGGGGAAUAGUUCGAUGCAAAUCUGCGUUCCGAAGUUUAGAAAGAACUCCAUUACGGCCGGCUGCAAUCCAGGAUUGUCGACUGUACUAGAAUCAGGGAGUGUGGGGAACGCGUCGUCAUCUGAUGAAGAGUUGGAGCAGUGGGAGCAAAUAUUCAUGAUGAGAGAUGAAAAUGGAAAUAGCUACCAUGACAAGAGAAAGAAACGCAGUAUAUGGUGUAGGCCAUCCUGCAUACCUGUAUCAAUAGUGAUACUGUUGAUAGUGCUUGUGGUGUUGGUGCCACUGUUAGAUCAACCAAAUAUAGCACAUGUAUUGCCAACUGCGGCAAGAGAUUUGCAUUGCUCAGAUGAGUGUAGGUUAUCGUUAGUAGAAAGUAUACCUGAGGGCCACAUGUAUCCGCCUAAUUCGACACAUGCAAAAACGAAAAACGUGUGGCUCGACUUGAUAGAUGAAGCUCAAAACUCUAUAGAGAUAGCGUCCUUAUAUUGGACACUUAGGUUUAACGAAGAAUAUCCAUAUAAUUCCUCUAUUGAGGGUGAACAAGUAUUCCAAGCCUUGCUUGCAGCUGGAUUGAAAAGGAAUAUAAAACUAAAAAUUGCUCAAAACUGGCCCUCUAAGACUCAUCCUAAUAUAGACACUGAAUAUUUAGUUAAGAAAAAAGCAGCACAAGUACGCAGUUUAAAUUUCUCCAAGUUACUGGGCGGUGGCGUACUACAUACGAAGUUUUGGAUAAUAGACAGAUCGCAUUUCUACAUCGGCAGUGCUAACAUGGACUGGCGAUCGUUAACACAAGUAAAAGAAUUGGGCAUCGUAGCGUACAACUGCUCCUGUCUCGGGACCGACCUUGGCAAAAUAUUCGACGUAUACUGGAGUCUGGGCACAGCAGAUGCCGUCGUGCCGGACUCUUGGCCGAAGGAGUUGAACACAGAGAUCAAUAUGGAACAUCCGAUUAACAUAUCUGAUGGUCUCGGUCGAUACGGGGCUUUUAUAACGAGUUCUCCACCGAAACUUAGUCCCGUGGGUCGCACGAACGACGACGACGCGAUUGUUAACAUCAUCCAUUCGGCUGAAGAGUUUGUGUACAUAUCCGUCAUGGAUUACGCUCCUGCGUGCGAGUUUACGCCGAUACCGAGGUACUGGCCAAAAAUAGAUGACGCGAUCCGUGCUGCGGCGGUAGAGCGGCGAGUCCGUAUACGCAUGCUCGUCAGCUGGUGGCGGCACUCGUCGGGCGCGGAGGAGCACUACCUGCGCUCGCUCGCCGCGCUGCACAACGCGCUGCCCCGCCUCGAUGUACAAGUGCGUCGCUUCAUAGUCCCAUCAACACCGGAUCAAGACAAAAUACCGUUCGCACGAGUCAACCACAAUAAAUACAUGGUUACAGACAAAACUGCGUACAUUGGGACUUCCAAUUGGUCGGGCGACUAUUUCAUAGAUACAGCGGGUGUUGCGUUCGUAUAUCAACCGGAGUUAGAUGAUGUUCGAGAUAUUUCUAGAAACUUCACGAAGAACAUUCGACAGGAUUUGCAAGAAGUGUUCGAGAGAGAUUGGUCGUCUCCGUACGCAGUACCGCUGCGGUUAUAGCAUUUACGUGUGAUUUAAUAACUGCCAACUUGUAUUCCGAUUCUAACCAUUUUUAUUAGUGUUUUUUGUUUGGUUAUUCGUGUUUUUUGGGGUGUUGAAUGCUAGUGAUUUAUAGCUGAUAUUUUAAAGAGAAAAGUUUCAAACAUUGUUAUAUUUUGCGGGUAGUAACGUUCAUUGAAAAAAAAAUACCACACCUUAUUUAACGACACUUCAUCAUUAUACAUAUUAAAAUAAUCAAGUCUUUAUUUUACUUCGAAUAAAAAAAAUGUGGUCGAAAUUUACUCUAUCGUUGAGAAGUUUUCUUUUAUAAUUAAUUUAGAUGUAUGUGCUUCUUUCAUUUUAUUUAGGAUUCAAGUAUAUAAAUAAUUGU